GCGAAGCACUCUGUCCUCACGUACAAUGCUCAUCUGGCCACUCUACUAUGGAUUCUCGGGGUCGUGUUGAUACAAGUACCCGACCGGCGCUCCUUGCGUAUCGGACAAUCUUCCCACGGGUAGAAGGUGAGGAGAGGGCUGCCGUUGAGCGGAGAGUCUACGCUCCUGCUCAGGUGGGUCAGAAGAUGCCUCGUGUAGCCUCCUCGUUCUCAGCGCCCCGGGUCUUGCUAUCUACACACUCCUCUUUGUCGAAUCUGGCAGCAAAGCCCCUUGAACUGCUUGCGCGAAGUCGUACUUGAUACCGAUAUCUUCAAAAUCUACGCCUUCGGGAUUUUGCGCGACUUCACCCGCACGACAUGGCAAAAGGAGGCAAAAAGACCAAACAGAAGGUUCAAGACAAACCUACGACUGCGUCGCCGCCUGCAGCAGAGGAGCCAGACGCUGUCGAUCCGCCCUUAGCUGUUACAGUCGCUGAAACCGCGCUGGUACCACCCCCAGCGGUACUUGUUGCGUCCGAGCCGGAGGCGAUCGUCGAAAACGGGGAGAGUCAGCAGGUCGUUCCAGGCGGCUGGGGUGGUGCCCAGGACAACGCUGGAGGUGCGAACGGCGGCGGCUGGGGCACAGGUGCCGAUGCUGCAGGCGAUAUGUGGGGAGGCGGCGGGGAGACGAAUGAUCUCGACUGGGGAGGAGGAGGCGGCGUGUCUGUCGGUGGCUCGGACGAUCAGGCAACAUCUGCACCGCCAGCCGAUCGGACCAAGAAGGACAAGAAGGCCAAGGCUACUGCUGCUGCCCCCGCCGCAUCAGCGCCCCCCGCCGCGACGUUCGCCGGCCUCCCAGCGAGCUUUGGCGCGGCUCCGGCUCUGAUCUCGCGGGCAUCGCAGUCGCCCGCCGUCAAGGCCGCAUCAGGCUGGGGUCCCACGGAUGGCUGGGGAAAUAGUUCGCCCGCCGCCAAGGCGGAUGACGAUGCGGGCCUGUGGGGGGCAGCGCCGACUGCAGAGGCGUGGGGCGACGCGGGCGGAGAUGCAUGGCCAGACGCUAGCGCGGGCUCGCAGGAUGCCUCUGCCUGGUCCUCGUCUGCAACAGCUGCAGCCGCACAUCAGCCGCCUCCACCAGCACCGCCCCCCAUGCAAGCGCCCACAAUCAGUGCUCAAUCACAAGGCGGAGGCAGAGGCGGUUGGAGGAACUGGGGCAGCGAGGCCAUGUCGACCAACUUGAAGCAGCAGCAGUCCCAGACGUACAUGAGCUCGCCUGCGGGAAUGGAACGGCGACAGCAGGCAGCGUUGUACCAGCAGUCCGCUGCGGCGAUCGGACGCCAUCUCCCGCAGCAGCAGCAGAAACAACAACAGGCGACUCUGGUUCAGCGACAGGCUCUGUUGGCUCAACAUCAAGCACAGCAGGCGCUGCAGGCACGCUUAGUGCGUGCGCAGCAGCACCAGCAGCGUCAACAGCAACAACAAUAUGGGAGUGGUGGUAAGAAGAGCAGCAGGUCGGGCAGUCAUUCCGCACCGCCAGUGCAACAGUCCGACAGUUGGGGCAGUUCUGGAUGGGGAAACGCUGCAUACGACACUGACCGGCCAUAUCCGAUCCUGGAGGAGGAAGAGGAAGAGGAGGAUGAAUACGAGGACGAGGAUGAGUACGAGGAUGAGGAAGAGGAAGAUGAGGGAGAGGGAGAUGAUGCGCGGGGCAAGCAGGACGCGUAUGGGUACGGGUGGGGGACAGGCGAACAAGCCGCAGGCUGGGGACAGCAGCCCGCUCCGACUUCGGACUACGGGCACCGCGUGCGUUUCUCUCCGAAUGUAUCUUACCAGGGCGACCACCCUGGCUCUCGCGCUCCACCUCCCCCUGCUGCGCCCCCCGCCCCUGCAGGCUUCCACCCCUCUGCUGCCGCCUACCCUCCGGCAGCCCACUACCCUUCUGCUGCUCCACCCGCUGCGUCGGUGACCCCCGCCGCAUACCAUCCUGCUGUAUGGACCGCUGGCACGCACUCAUCACCUUCCAAGACAUUUGCCAUGGCUUCUGGCACGCCACAGUCGACGCAGACGACCGUCUUCGAGCUGCAGCCCCCACGGAACGGCCUCGGCGAGAACUCAUUCGCCACCUCGCACGGGCAGGCCCUGUUCCCCGCAGAACGUGCCCUGUUCUCGCGCGAGCGACCCACGAAGCUGCGCAUACGGUGGUCGUUCAACCCCGACAAGGACCCGCGGGUCUCAAGCCUGCUCAAGUGGAUACACGCGAUGUCGAACGGCCUCGCCACGAUCGGGCUGCAACGAUUCCUUGAGACGCGCGAGCGCGGCGCGCUCGUCACGAACGCUGACUACCGCGUGCCGGGUACAGCUCAGCCGGCCUUCGACUGGGUCCCCCUGUCGCAGCUCCAGAACACCCUUGACCGCGUCCUGCAAGAGUCUGUCACGUCGUACGACCCCGCCGUGCAGGUCAUCGUCUUUGCAUUCCUCCUCUCGAACUCUGCCAAUAGCAUGGCGGUGUGGCGGCGGAAAUUGAGCGUGCCCGAGUCGCUCCGAGACACAUAUGAGCAGGAGAUCGAGGCGGCGAAGGCGCAGCUUCAACCGGAUUACCCGGUGUAUGUCGACGAGCUGGAUACCCCGCCCGAGCCUCCCAAGAAGAAGCGCAACUUCCUGUCCAAGCUCAAAUGGCGCAGAAAAGAAAAAGAAAAGUCAUGACCCGUUACGUCCUCACGCCUCCCUCCUUCGUACCCUACACCCCUUAUGUUAGACUUUGUUUGCUCGUCGGUUGCUGUCGAUCCUCGCUACUCAACUUAUCACAUCAUACUAUUGUCGUCGGAUGUAUCCCUUGCCCGGUGUAUCAUAGCUCUCCCACUGUACAAUAGCUUGCUCACAAUGGAUGGAUGGACGGACUCAGACUGG